AUGUCUCCCCCGGCCGCGGCAAGUGGUGUGGAGAGGGAGUCGAAUCUGGCUCGACUCCUGGGUUCGGGUAAGAGAGCUGGAUUGAGCAUCUGGGCCAAGAACGCUGCGCUGGUGCUGACGCUGGAGGGAACAGGCUCUGCAGGAAUCGCCGAGCUCGCCAUCUUCCACCCUGUGGACACGAUUGCGAAGCGUUUGAUGAGCAACCAGACACGAGUUGCCAACGCCAGCCAGCUCAACCAAGUCAUCUUCAAGGAUAAGGCUAGUGCCCCCCUGGGCCGCAAAUUCAUCUCGCUCUUCCCCGGCCUGGGCUACGCCGCGGGCUACAAGGUCCUUCAGAGAAUAUACAAGUACGGCGGUCAGCCCGUCGCGCGCGAUUACCUAUCCAAGCACUAUGGAAAGGACUUUGAGUCGGCAUUUGGAAAGAAGACGGGCAAGGCGAUCAUGCACUCGACAGCCGGCAGCUUGAUCGGCAUUGGAGAGAUUGUUCUGCUGCCCCUUGACGUGCUGAAGAUCAAGCGUCAGACGAACCCCGAGGCUUUCAAGGGCCGAGGCGUCUUCAAGAUCGUCGCCGACGAGGGCUUCGGCCUCUACCGAGGAUGGGGCUGGACCGCAGCCAGAAACGCGCCCGGAUCGUUUGCCCUCUUCGGAGGCUCUGCCUUUGCCAAGGAAUACCUCUUCCACCUGGAGGAUUACAACAAGGCCUCGUGGUUCCAGAACUUUGUGGCUUCGAUUGCCGGCGCAUCGGCCUCGCUCGUCGUGUCGGCACCCCUGGACGUGAUCAAGACGCGCAUUCAGAACCGCAAUUUCGACAACCCCGAGAGUGGAUUCCGCAUCUUGAGCAACAUGGCUCGGAAGGAGGGCUUCUCCAGCUUCUUCAAGGGCCUUGUUCCCAAGCUGCUCAUGACCGGCCCGAAGCUGGUGUUCUCAUUCUGGCUCGCUCAAACGCUUAUCCCGGCUUUCGACGCCGCUUUCAAACGGUGA